UGGUGGUAGCCAAUAGGAUUCGUGACUGUGUGCCGUGUUUCUCGUGAGCGGAGGGUUUCUGCACGCACUUGGAAGAGCGCGCAUCGGUGUUAUUGUACUUCAAACCCCCAUUAUCCAAAGGAAGCUGCAGAUAGAGAAGGAUUUCAGUGAGAAUAAAGAUGGGUAAAGAUCCAAAAAAGCCCAGAGGAAAGAUGUCCUCUUAUGCUUACUUUGUGCAAACGUGUCGUGAAGAACACAAAAAGAAGCACCCGGAGGCCUCUGUUAACUUUUCUGAAUUUUCCAAGAAAUGUUCAGAGCGAUGGAAGACAAUGUCUGCCAAAGAAAAGGGUAAGUUUGAGGACAUGGCCAAACAAGAUAAGGUUCGCUAUGAGAGAGAGAUGAAGAACUACAUCCCACCUAAGGGUGAGAAGAAGAGGCGAUUUAAGGAUCCUAAUGCACCCAAGAGACCACCGUCAGCAUUUUUCAUUUUCUGUGGCGAUUACCGCCCUAAAAUUAAAGGUGAGAACCCAGGUCUGACCAUUGGAGACAUUGCCAAGAAGCUUGGAGAAAUGUGGAACAGCUCAUCUGCUGAGGUGAAGCAGCCAUAUGAGAAGAAAGCUGCAAAGCUUAAGGAGAAGUAUGACAAGGAUAUCGCAAUAUACCGCACAAAGGGAGUUGCAGGCUUGUCCAAAAAAGAUGGUGCGGAAGAUGAUGACGAGGAUGAAGACGAAGAUGAGGAGGACGAAGACGACGACGAGGAAGACGAUGAGUAGAUUAGCCACUGAUGGAGCCUAGGUUCUUGUUCAUGCCAUAAAUUCAAUUGUACGCGAUUUACAUCUUCAAACGUAAUACAGCAGAUACAAGAAUUGUUAGGCUGUGUAUAUGUGACGUUUUUAAGAUGUACAGUGUUAUUCUCCUUUUGUAAAGUUAACACUAUGUGUCUUCUGUUUUAUAAUUUUCUGUUUGUUAGUGGUAGAUCUUGCCAGGAACAGUUUAAAGGUUAUAUGAAAUUGAUUAAACUGUUUUUUUUGUUUUUUAAAGGUGCAUAGCACAAUUAUUUGGUUUAUGUAGAUCUGUAGUGCUCAUAUUAGUUUUUACAAAUAUUUUUCGUAUUUGCCGUCAUAAGGUCUUUAACUGUACUUUGAAUACCACUCUAAUUACAAGAAUGCUUUGUUUGACAUUCAAGAAUGUGUCUGAAGUAAACAUUUCUUUUUUUAAGAAAA